AUGGCAGACGCAGCAUCCUUCACGGAAGAGCUCCCAGCGGGACGCGACGGCGAGGUACAGCAGCCGAUCGCCGAAGAGCGCCCUCUGGAGCAGCACGACGAGGAGACCCCCAGCGCCCCUGCCACGCCGCCCCCGCCGCAAAGUUCACAGCUUCCAUCCAGCGGAAACCCCGCCAUCAACGGAGGGCGGAAGCGCCUUGACGGCAAACCCCCGCAGUCGCCUGUGACGGUGCGCGAAACGUCCCCGCCACGGCGGCUUAGGGUGACGCGGAACUUCAGCGGCUCGCCGUCGGUGCGGCCGAGACUGCAGGCAGCCCCGGAAGACGCCCAGGUGGAAGAACCAACCCCGAAGGCGGCGCUGCCGCAUAAGCCCAUUUUCUUCGGCGCUGUGACGAGCUAUCCCCAGCAUAGAAACGGGCUGCACGACAGCUGCGCGUUGCUCCUGCGGGACACACCGAAGCGGCAAAAGACACGGUCCCCCAAUGGGCGGUCAUCGGCGGGAAGCAUGCCUCAACCACCCGCGAUUCCCGGCACCGUGGGGAAUGACAGCAGUACCCCACACACAGCAUCUCCGGCAGCCACGGCCAGCAUCUCCCCUGAUUGUGCGGCCCCGAGAAUAGCUGGGAGCGGCUACUUUCUUGGUGAAGGCGGCGAGAUGCUGGACUCCGCUAGUCCCGACGUGGAGAAGCACGACACCACCUUCGCCGCUGCCUCCAACGCCUCGCGACGUGUCGUGCAUCAGUCAGCGUCUAUUCAGCGUGACGCGGACCCCGCCGUCCCUUGUACCGGAGACCCGGGACCGAGGCAGGUGCCGUACCGUGGCCGCGUGAUAUCCCCUAACGACCCCCUCUGGAGACGUGAGCGCCGUCAUCGUUAUGCUGCCACCACCUCUGAGGGCAAGCAGCACCACCAGGAUACCAUGCCACGAAACGCAGGCGUCCCACAGGUGGUGACCGAGGCACCGGAACUGCCGCCGGCGCUGGAGGCGGCGCUUGCGGACCACUUCCUUGCAACGCUCAUGGCGUCUUCCCAUUCGGAGGUGGAACGUGUUGUGUCGGCCAUUUCCCCACGCAACCGCAGCGAAGUGCUGCGGUAUCUGCGGCAGACGUACGGCGGUCGCCGCUCCGCCAACACCCUGUCCCCGGCAUCGACGCAGCAGGGACGAGUGCAGAGCCCACAACAUACCGUGGGCACCGCAACACGCCGCCGCCACGUGAGUAGCACGGUGCGCUCCAUCGCCCCGCGAAACGGCACUGCGGGCGAGACGAACGGGACUGUGGCGGCGGCUCCAAAGCGGGUUCGUCACUUCGUGAAGUGCUUCACCCGAGAGGUGUGCAUGACGUUCAUGGAUGAGUCCUGCGCCGUGUGUGCCGCGCACCGAGAUCGCAUGCGCGCGGAGCUACCGCCGGGGGUGCAGGCGCGUGGGGUGCCGGUGCCGGAAGACGUGCUAGAGCCCAUCUUCGAGCAGGCUGUGUCCCAGCUGCUCCUCCAGAUGCUCGCGUGGACGGAGAAGGAGGCUGCGCGUGUGGCACCGAUGGUGGUGCAACAGGUGAAGCUGCACUUUCCGACAUGCCGCCGCGGUGUCUCGCCUGCGCCAAAGUAA